AUUCCUCUCUCUCUCUCUCUCUCUCUCUCUCUCUCUAGCCGACCUAGGAAAUUGAUUUUCGCAAUGAAGAGUUCUAAAUCGCAAAAAACUCAAAAUGAGGCCGAAAAUAGCUCUUCUUCUCAACCCAAAAACAAGACCUGGGUUGCUAGGUCAAAUCAUGUUGGUUCGAGUAAAGCCGCCGCUCAAACUUCACCAUCUGCCAGAAUUAGCAAAGGCAAAGGCAAAAGUGUAGUAUUUCCAUUGCCUGACCCAAGUGUUUCUGGAAAAAUUGAUUCUUCUUCUACCGUCUGUUUGGCUGCGCCUAAUGUCUUUGACAACAAAAAUAAGAUGUCAAAUUAUAUUGCCUCCAAAUUAAGCCGUGAAAGGUCUCUACAAUCAUGUUUGGAGAAGGCUAUAAUUGGCAAUGUCAGAGCUGAUGCAGGUAACAAUUAUGAUAGUGGCAUAAAACCAGUUGGAACAAGGUGCCAACUAUGCAGGCUGGAUCUAGCAUUCAUCCCUAAGAAUUUUUCAGGAAUCGCCCACGAACUUCCUACUGCUGCAGUCUUGCCUUGCGGCCACUGCUUCCAUAAGCUGUGCCUAGAAGCUGUCUUUGGUACAGUAGAGCCUCCAUGCGUCACCUGCUUGGAUCGUUAAUCUCUCAUUACUGCUUUCAUGAUACCAGGUUAGUUUUUUUCAGUAUUAGCUCCUUUUGGUAUAGAAAUUUGGAAAAUGUGCAGAAUUUCU